ACAGUACUUGAGUACAGUGUUCAACGGACGGAGCUAAAGAUGCGAUUCCAAUUCGUCCUGGCCUUUGGUCUUAUUGCCAUCUUGGCGACCGCUUAUGCUGGUGGCGAUACCACAGGCACCGGCAGCACGGGCACCGAUACUACGGGGACCGGGAGCACGGGCACCGGGAGCACGGGCACCGGUAGCACCGGGAGCACGGGCACCGGUAGCACGGGCACUGGCAGCACCGGGAGCACGGGCACCGGUAGCACGGGCACUGGCAGCACCGGAAGCACGGGUACAGGCAGCACCGGAAGUACGGCCACUGGCAGCACCGGAAGUACGGGAUCAACCACCUCUGGCAGCCCCAGCACCUCAACUGGCUCAUCCUCGACUAAUCCGUCUCCUUCCACAACCUCGCCCUCCACAUCGCCCACCACGUCCACCUCCCCGAGCGACUCCUCAUCCUCCGGCUCCAGCAGUAGCUCUUCGUCAUCCAAGCGGAACCGCAAGGAGAGGCGUCGUCGCUACCGACGUCGUCAGAGACGCCAGGAGAGACGCCGUGAGAGGAGGGAGCGCCAGCGCCAGCAGCGCCGUCGGGGCUGAAAUGGGAAUCCCAACUCACAUGACAUUGUAACUCAAUGCAAAUAAAAUUGUUACAUGAAAAACCAAUAUAAACCCUAGAUAUAAAUGUGAAUGCAAUUUUGUGUUGCAUACCUUAAGACACCAUAAGAGAAAUGUUUUCAGUCCUCCACAGAAUCACAGCAUGUACCAGCAAGCUUUCUUAGCUCGCAUAGCUUUCUCACUCCAUUUGGUUCUAUCUGAACUAGUGACUCGGCUUCAUACUAUCGUAGUAACGAAUUUCCUAAAGUACAGAACGCCCGGAAAGUAUGCAGAACAUAUAUGAGACCUUGUUUCGAAAUAAACUCACGAGGCUUU